CGUAAAGAUUACCAAAAUGCCAAUAUUUAUAAUACAUGUCUAAAACAAAAUGUUUUAACAUUUUCUGUACUCUUUAUUGGUGCCUUUAAAAAUCACCAAUAAUCAUAGUUUACACAAAAUUACUAAAGUUACCUGGGAUAAUUUAGGAAAAAAAUUUUCAAUUUCAACAUAUAUAUUAUUUUUUAUGCUGUAUGUCUCGAUUUUAUUGUGCAAAAACAACUAAAUAAAACAUGUUCUCCUCUCUAGUUGUUUUCUCUGCUCAGGGUCGUUUCGCUCAAAAAUUGCUGAAAGACUUAAUGGAGAACUAUUCUAAUGCUUUACGGCCUGUGGAGGACACAGACAAAGCUCUUAACGUUACUCUACAGAUCACACUCUCUCAGAUCAAAGAUAUGGAUGAAAGGAACCAGGUGUUGACCACAUACCUGUGGGUGCGUCAGAUUUGGCAUGAUGCUUACCUGCGCUGGGAUAAAGAUGAGUAUGAUGGACUUGAGGUCAUUCGAAUACCCAGCGAUCUUGUUUGGAGACCAGACAUCGUUCUGUAUAACAAUGCGGAUGAAGAGGACUCCUCGGGACCCCCAGGCACUAAUGUGGUCUUGAGGUAUAAUGGUGAGAUCACUUGGGACUCCCCUGCUAUCACUAAGAGUUCCUGUAAGGUGGAUGUCUCUUAUUUCCCCUUUGAUAGUCAAGAGUGCAACCUUACCUUUGGCUCCUGGACCUAUAAUGGCAAUCAGGUGGACAUUACUAUGGGCAUGGAGAGUGGUGACCUUUCAGACUUUGUGGAAAACGUGGAAUGGGAGUGUCAUGGCAUGCCAGCCGUUAAGAACGUCAUUAUGUAUGGCUGCUGCUCGGACCCUUACCCUGACAUAACGUACACAGUCCUUCUCAAACGGCGAUCUUCCUUCUACAUCUUCAACUUGCUUCUGCCGUGUUUCCUCAUCUCUUUCCUGGCUCCGCUGGGCUUCUACCUGCCUGCUGAUUCUGGGGAGAAGGUCUCACUGGGGGUGACGGUGCUGCUGGCUCUGACUGUAUUUCAGCUGAUGGUGGCAGAGAGUAUGCCACCUUCGGAAAGUGUUCCACUAAUUGGAAAAUAUUACAUUGCGACAAUGACCAUGAUAACAGCCUCUACAUCAUUGACUAUCUUCAUCAUGAACAUACACUUUUGUGGAGCGGAAGCAAAACCUGUGCCUCACUGGGCCAAAGUCCUGAUAAUAGACUACAUGUCAAAGAUCUUUUUUGUGUAUGAGGUAGGGGAGAAUUGCACCACACCAGAAAGCGACCGAGGCCCAUUGUUCUCUGAAGACCCGCUGGCUAGCCUGGAGAGAGAUGGGUAUUUUGAUAAAGGGUUUUAUGGAGACUGUCAGCAUGAUGACAGAACCCACAGUCAGUUUAAUGGGUAUAAUCACAGAGACCACCGGCAUGGGAAUGGGUACCAUCACAACAACAGUGACUAUCGGCAACAUAGGAACCAGCAUCAAAGGAGGACCCGCUCAUCUUCAAAUUCCCCUGUCCGACAGAGUGCCCAUCAUCCAAAAUACACACACUACAUUGGUCGGGAUGGAAGCGAUAAGCUCCCACUGACAAGCCAGGAAAAACUAAAUGAUAGCGAACUCUCCAUUCCAGAAAAACUUAAUGGAUUCACUUACGAUCAUGGCAAUGGCUAUCUCAAUGGAGUUGGCUAUCUCCAUGAUAAUGGCUACAGCAAAACCUUUGGAGUAGACAGAUACAAUAAGACCCCCACUGGCACAGGAUAUGUAUGUGUCUGUGGCCAACAUCAGAAAGUGGUGCGAAACAUUGACUACAUAGCUAACUGUUUCAGAGAGCAGAGGGCACACCAGGCAAAAGGGGCCGAGUGGAAGAAGGUUGCCAAGGUGAUGGACAGGUUCUUCAUGUGGGUGUUUUUCAUCAUGGUAUUCCUCAUGAGUAUCCUUGUCAUGGCCAAGGCAACCUAGAGCAGUUUACAUAUUAAAGAAACAAUCAAUUGAUUAUAUAAUGGGUAACUGUAUGUGUCAAAAAAAACCCAAAAAAACAUUUAGUUACUGAUUAUACAUUUUUUUUUAAACAAUAAUUCCUAUAAUCCUGUAUUUGUCUGUAAAUAGGCUCAUGUUCUACAUUCAACUUAAUAUGUGGAUUGCAGUUACAGCACGAGUGUUUACUUUGUUUACUUUAUUCUUUCCAGCCAAGAAGAUUCUCUGGUUGUAACAGUUAAAGAAAUGGCAUUAAUAUUUCAGGUGUAGACGUGUUCCCACAUGUGUAUGUAGGGUAACACAAUCUUUGUCUGGCAUGGACACACAUUAAUAAUGCACAAUUAACCGUGCACAUGCGUAUGGACAGACAUCCACACUAUUGCACAUUAAAAAUGCAGAAAUAGAUCAGUCUAGAAUGCACACACAGUGCAAAACAUCCUUGACCAGUGCUAACAUGUACAUUCUGCAACUUCUUUAUUUAUUCUUUACUUACUUGUGUUAACUUAUUUCUUUGAUUUGCUGUAUUUAUUUCUCUCUUUGUUCUCUGCUUACAAUAUUCUUUACAAAUUGUGCUACACAAAUAAAAACUUUAGUAAUCAUCGAAUCCUAGAAUCUUAGACUACUGUUCAAAAAAGGCAAAAGUGAAAUAAAAAGAGAGUAAGUAAAAUUAACACUCAAACCUCAAAUUGCUAUUUGGAAUGUGAUUAUAUGCAGACGUCACUCAAUUCCUGAGUAAAGGUUAAAUCAAGCCUUGCAAGAAAAAAAGAGCAACUCAAAAGGUCAAUUUACACUGUACCAACAGACGCAAUCAAUGACAACAGACACUUUGUUGGGUUUUGUCGGCUUAGCGUGUUACCUCUGUUGGAGUCCGUUAGCAUUGGUUGGCACUUGUUUUCAGUGACUGAACAUGUUCAAUUAGUGUUAGUCAGGUUGUGGAAUAUCUGAGAAGUGACGUAGUAUAAUCUGGUGACUGUCCCUCUUGGUCUGCAUCUGUCUGUGCAAUGUGAAUUGGCCUAAAUGCAGGAGAGACUUUCUUUAACCCUUAAAUGCAUACCUCGGGUCUUUAUCGAUCUGGGACAUCAUUCACUACA